UCUGCUGUCCACUCGCCACCCACCUCACAUAAAAAGCUGCCCAUUGUGGUCAGCAAACGCUGUUGGACUCUCCGUACCUCUGGAGACAACCAUUUUCAGCUGAAGGGAGGGGCUCGACAGACCCGCCACGAUGAAUCCCAAAGGGGAUAAGCCGAAGUCGAAGAUUUCGGCGUCCCGCAAGCUCUCCCUCAAAAUGCUGCUCCUCACGAGAGCCUGUGAGGAUUUGGAGAGGGAGAAGCAGGACAGGGAGGAGGAGAAAGUGCGCUAUCUCGGGGAGAAGCUGCCUCCUUUGCAGCUGUCUGGAAUGCCACUGGAUGAGCUACAGAACCUAUGCAAGCAGCUUCAUUCAAAAAUUGACGUUGUGGACGAGGAGAGAUACGAUUGUGAAUCCAAAGUUUUUAAGCACAACAAAGAUAUCCACGAGCUGAAACUGAAGGUGCAGGACCUCGGGGGCAAGUUCAAAAAGCCGGCACUGAGGAAGGUGAGGGUGUCGGCAGAUGAGAUGAUGAGAGCUCUGCUGGGCUCCAAACACAAGGGCUCGAUGGACCUCAGAGCCAACCUGAAGUCUGUGAAGAAGGAGGACGUCAAACAGGACAAGGUGCUCACCAGUGAAGUGGGCGACUGGCGUAAGAACGUGGAGGCCAUGUCAGGCAUGGAGGGCCGCAAGAAGAUGUUCGACACAGGCGGCGGAGGCCAGUGAGACGCUGCGACGACGAAACAGGUCAAGGAAAAAGGAAUGAGGACCCCCCCCCUCCCAUUAGCUCGAUGGCCGUUUUCAGUGUGAUGACUCAAAGCCCUUGAAGUGUAAGAUGAGUAAACCCUCCAGUUGUUGUUUCUUUCUUUUUUUUUUUUAAAUUCAUAUAUUGUUUUGUUAUGACACCUUGAGACAAUUAAAGCGGAUGGAAAUACA